AUGUCUCUUACACAACGUCUUUUCUCUGAUGCUUUCCACGACAUGCAACGUGCCAUGUCUGCUUUGGAACAGCCUUUAAUCAACACGGGUCGCUUAUUGGGUUCCCAAAACAGCAACUUGCUCAGAUAUCCCGCUACUGAUAUCCAUGAAACCGAAGACUCUUACGAGUUACAAGCUGAAUUACCUGGUUAUGACAAGAAGGACAUCAAGAUCGAAGUAGGUGAAGAUGGCCGCACCUUGGUUGUUUCCGGUAACGUCGAGAAGGACAAGGCCGCCUCCUCUGGUGACAAGAAGCAAUCUCAAGAAUUGACCACCAAGAAGGAUAGUGAUAGCCAAGUAGCCACUCGUGGUGAAGCUCCCCAAUGGUGGGUCAAUGAGCGUGUCGUUGGAUCCUUCACUCGCUCCUUCAGUUUCCCUACUACUGUCAAUGCUGACACUAUCAAGGCCUCUUAUGACAAUGGUAUUCUCAAGGUUGUCGUCCCCAAGGUCAAGGAAAAUGCUCCCAAGUCUAUCCAAAUUGAUUAAUUCUCUGUAAGGUUCUUAUGGCAUGAAUAUAUCACUUUUUUUAUAUAUAACAGAUUAUAUCAUUGCGUAUUACCCUAUUCUUCUGUAUAUAUAUAUUUGACAACUCGAAAAUAAAUGCUUUAUUUUGUAUGC